UAUUGAUACAGAUGUUGUUGCUACUGACCAAUUUGUAUUGCUGUGAACGAAUUGGCUCCUCUGUUAGUGUGAAAAAAAAAUUUGAACACCCAAUUCUAAAUUCCUGGAUCCGCCACUGGUCCCUCGAUCGAAAUUCCUGAUCAGACCGGAUUGCGGCGGCGCCACGACAGGUUGCCGGCCUGCAGUCCUCCUCACGGGACAAGCUGCGUUCGCGGUGCGCUCUCGCUGCCUGCCGGCUUCGACGGUGUGAGCCGGGGCGCCGCCCUUCCCCAAAUCCGCAAUCGAGUCGUGCGUCCGAUCUGCCGCCUCCCCUCGACGUCCACGGCUCUGUGCUCUUCUGUGUUCUCUCCUAGCGCAGGCUGUGGGGGCGCUACGCCGCCAUCUGCCGGCUCCUCAUACAAGAGCGAUGGACAAACUGAGCCCUGUGGGAAACAAUCGCAUCAGCUCAGCGACGUCCAGCGUUUCUCCUCUCGUGUUUCUUUGCACGCCUCAUCUCCAAGCACGAAGCCACGACGAGAUGUGGGUCAUCAGCCUAAGGCAACAAGCCAAGAAUCUUGAGGGGAGAGAAUUUGACAUCACAAAUGAUUAUCUCUAUGAGGGUGCAAGGCUCAAGGGAAGCAGCUGGUUCUGUAGUUCUUUGUAUGCUUAUGGUAUCUUGGAUGAGGGUUACAAAUUCAACUUGUCAGUUGAGGAAGCUGCUGAGUUAGCAUGGCGGGCUUUUAUCACGCAAUAUUCUGUGACAGAGCUAGUGGUGGCUGUGUUCCUGGUGGGCUUGACAGACCAGUUUUUAUCCGGAAGAAAGGCCUUUAGCGUGCGUUUGGAUCUGAAGAAACAAAGCAAGAUAUGGCUGUCUUUCCUCCUAACUUGGCUAGUUACUAGUAUCUCCUUGAUCCUUUGAUAAGAUGCGCUGAACAUAUUCAAGGUUUCUAGCGGGAAUCACUUCUUCAUGGCCAUUCUGGUGAUAAUGGUUGUACUACAGGUAAAAAAACAAAUAGUAUAAUUCUGCUAUUCCACAUAUGUAGUAGUUUUGGUUAUUGUUAUAUGUUGUUUCCUUUGUAUAUAUGCAAGCUCUUAUCAUCGAGUUUCCUUGGCAAGUUAACUUCAACAAUCAUGUUAAGCUGGCAGCUAUGGUUGGUACUGAUGGGAGUUGCUCGUUUAGGUGCUGAUGGUCCAAGAAUUGUAAAGACUAGCUAAUUCCCCGCGCGUUGCUGCGGAACAUUUGCUCAACCAAUUGAAGAGAUGCACAUAGAGCAAAACAAUGUAAAAUUUUGACAAACAGCCAUAAACAAUUGUAUUGGCCAUUCACUAUUUUUAUCUUUUGCACCUAAAAUCCUAACAUGUUUGUCCUAAAAAUCA